AUGUCCAAGACGACGACAAGGGUAAAAUCAUGGGUUCACACGACUGCGGGCUAUCCAGAGACACUCCAGCUUUCCGAGACAGAAGUCCCUUCGAUUCCGGCACCGGGUCAUAUUCUCAUCCGCAUGCACGCGGCAGCACUGAACCCAGUAGACAUCCAACUUAUGAACGUCCCGUUCAACUCGCUCCCUUAUCUGAACGGUCCCAAGGUCGCUGGGCGGGAUUUUGCGGGUACGGUACUAGCAGCAGGCCAAGGCGCCGAGUUCGAAAAGGGUGAUGAGGUCUUUGGCAUCAGCAUGGCUCUCAACGGUACAGGCUCUUUGACUGAAGUGGCCGAAAUUGAUCUCAAGGGCGCAUGCUUCAUCAAGAAACCACUGCAUCUUUCUUGGGCACAAGCCGCCAGUCUUCCGCUCGUCUACCUCACAGCGCGGACCAUCAUAGAAAGGUGCAGGCCGUUUAUGAAGUCCUCAACUCCUUCUGAGAACAAAUUUGUCGUCCUUGGUGGGUCUUCCGCAACAGGGAUCUAUACUGUGGAGAUGGCAAAAUCCCUAGGCUGGAAAGUCCUCGCCAGCUGCAGUGGUCGCAACGCCGAGUUCGUAAAAGGCCUCGGCGCUUCACAAACUGUGGAUUAUACUACAUCAUCGACAGCCGUUGCAAAUGCUGUCCAGGAUUUCUCCCCGAAUGCGAUUGCGGACUGUGUGGGCGGGACAGAGUGCAUCGGUCUCGCUCCACAAUAUGUGACCAUUGUGGGAGACAAAACUUCGCGUGCAGCUAUGGGCGGACCCAUGAUAUACCUAACGCAUCCUCGAAUGGUCUUCAGGUGGCUCUAUGGAUAUCUGGGUUUGGGGCAGUCUUACGAGUGCAUUAUGCUAGAUAUGAGAAAGGAGUGGCUGGAGGAGACGACGAGGCUGGAUCCAGAUAAAGACCUCGUCAUCGACAGCGUCUUUGACUUUUCCAGGACCAAGGAGGCAUAUGAAAGGCUGAAUACUGGUCGAGCGAGGGGAAAAGUCGUGGUGGAAAUCCAGCACUCGUAG